CAUGUGGAUAUGGAAAACUCCUAUCUCUGUGGAUACUUGAAGAUUAAAGGCCUUACAGAGGAAUACCCAACCCUCACCACUUUCUUUGAAGGGGAAAUAAUCAGUAAAAAGCACCCUUUCUUAACGCGCAAGUGGGAUGCUGAUGAAGAUGUGGAUCGUAAACACUGGGGGAAGUUCCAGGCUUUUUACCAGUAUGCAAAAACAUUUAACUCCGAUGACUUUGAUUAUGAGGAUCUGAAAAAUGGGGACUAUGUCUUCAUGAGAUGGAAGGAACAGUUCCUAGUCCCAGAUCACACUAUCAAAGACAUCAGCGGUGCUUCCUUUGCUGGUUUCUAUUACAUCUGCUUCCAGAAGUCAGCAGCGUCUAUAGAGGGCUAUUACUACCAUAGGAGUUCAGAAUGGUAUCAGUCACUGAAUUUAACUCACGUUCCCGAGCACAGCGCUCCUAUCUACGAAUUCCGAUGACAGCUGUCCAGAACUGAUACCGCACAGAAGCAAACCGGGCAGGAGAGCAUGGCCUGCCAGGAGAACUGUGUCCCUGUCGGAGCAUGGGAAUGCACGCUUCUCUCCUGCCCCUCGGACUCGCGAGAGAGAGCCUGAACGUUAACCCACCCAGCCCAAGGAGCGUGGCUGCCGGAGCUUGAUUCUCCCUCCUGUCGAGUGGCGAUUUGAUCUUUAAUCUGGUUUUAAGCUACCUUUCAAUGCACUUUCUUAUUGCACAGCUAGUUUCUCUGUCACUGAAAUUCCUCCCAGCUCUCCUCUGGAAGCUGUUUCUCAGUAGCUGGUAUCAGUGGUCUGUCCUCUGAGUAUAAAGAAAGUAGAAGCUUGGUGCUUAUAUUUUCAUUGUUACAGCCUGGUAUGGGUUGAGAUCGCCAGGACCUGGGUUUGUUGCCCAGAUUGCCAGCUCUGAUGCUCCCAGAGCUGGGUCCUGUGCGUGAGGCUCUGCUUGGCAGAGGGCUGCUCGGCUGCAGAGUCUGUUGGGGGAGUGUUGGCUGAGACAGAUGAGGCUUGAAUGAGUCUUUGCUUCGUGACGGCUAAUGAGGUUAGCCGGAGCUGCAGAUCUUUCAGGAACGCCGGCCCUUUGGAGCUGGGAGCUGUUCCGGUGUCUGGAUAUGCCACUGGGAAUUAAUUUGAUGUACGGACUUCCAGGCUCUCAGUAAAGUGGAUCUGAACUC